AUGCUCAGGCCAUCUCGUGAAUCCCACCCCGUCUCCAGAAGAGAGUUUGAUCCCCUCGGCGUCGAUACACCGUCGCCCGAAGACGGCCCUUCUCUCUCGGCCGACGCCCUCCGCAAUCCUGACCACCUGCCUGCGCAGAUCGGAGGCAUCGUCGGAGCCUACGCCCUCUCUCUGGUGCUGGUUGCCAUAGCUCUUCUGCUGCUCUCCAAGAAGCGUCGCCGACACAUCGAAGCCGGCUACGACGACGUCGAUUUCAUCGAUUUCUACAAGCCCAAGGUCAUUCACGGAUACCCGCUCGAGACUAUACGACCACCGCUAGAGCGCCCGGAGCUGUCGCAUCAGCUACAUCACCAAGCGCCUUCCCUCACUCCGGCAUACUCCCGGCCAAACUUGUCGCAGCUGGUCUUGCCGCCGCAGCAGUACGAACCGGCGCCCGGUCACGAUCACGUCCCCUACGUAUACCCGUCUUCCUAUUCGCCAGUCGCCCCGCUCGGCAUCAACCCGCUCGUUGACCAGAACGUCGUCGCAGCCGACCACGCCAUGGCCCAGCAACAGCUCGAGGACAUGUACAGGCAUGUCAUGGAGCACGAGGAGGCCAAGCAGAGGGGUAUCGACCCCGAUACUCCCAUCUACGCGACCGGCCCGUCGCGCCAGUCGAGCUCGGACAGGCUGACCAAGCCCCCCAAGAAGGAGAAGUUCAAGCCGGCCAACCUCAACCUCUCAAGUGCCAAGGGUGACAGGACCUCGGGGUCCAAGACGGCGUCGUUCCUGUCGGCCCUUCGGUCGCCGAUGAAGAAGUCGGUCAAGGGCGCCAACAUCUCAUCGCCAAUCAUGACGCCGCAGUCGAGCACGUUCCCGCGGGACCGCGAUGCCGAGAACUGGUCCGGUGCCGGAGCCAUCCCCCCCAGGCACUACGCCCCGGCUCCGCCGCCGCCUCCCCCGGCCUCCCCCGGGCGGCUGUCGAUGGGUGCCGUUGUGCAGCCCCGGGCCGGCGGCUCCAUGCAGCCGACGCCGGACCAGUCUCCCGAGAGCCUCAUGAGCAUCGACGAGCGUAUUGGCUCUCAGCUCGACAUGCGUCAGGCCAGGGCCGCCGCCUCACACCCCGCCGAGGGUGACCCGGACUCGGCCACGACGGAGACGUCCCAGUCUCCCCUGGUGGGACUGCCACAGUCGCCCAAGCCUGGAGCGACGUUCCCGUCCCUGCCCCUCUCUCCCAAGCCGGGAGCCUCCUUCCCGAGGUCGAACGCCCCCUCGGCCGUCCGCACGGGCGGCUCCCUGCCUCUGCGUGCCUACGAGCCGUCGCUGGCAUCGCCCUCGGCUGUGCAGCAGACAACCAAGCAGACCGUCUUUGAGCGCAAGGGACCUCUCUCUCCCUUGGGCACAGCCAGGACCCCGGGAACCAGCGUUCCUUACUCGCCCUACCAACCCAUGACAGCUGUCAUGCCCAUCACCCCGUCCCUUGUCACAAAGCAGGACAGGAAGCGCAUGAAGAAGAUGAUGCCCAAGACGCCAACAGUCGAGAUGGUACAGAGCUCGGACGAGAUGUGGUGA